AGAGAGCGCGCGCCCCGCCCCGCGCAGGCACCAUAGAGAGCGGUUUCCCCCGUCCCAGAGCGCCUCGCCGGAACCAUAGAGUCCCGCCAGUUCCGGUUCCCGCCGGGAGGCGCCACUUCCGCUUCCGGCCCCCCCGCAUCCGGGGACCCGGUGGGCGGCAGGAAGCGAGCGGGUCGCGCACGGGGAGGAGCCCGAGGCGGCAGCGCGGCGCCGAGAGCGAGACUCCCUCCUCGUCUCCUGCCCCCAUGGGCGACAGCGACGACGAAUACGACCGCCGGCGCCGGGACAAGUUCCGGCGGGAGAGAAGCGACUACGAUCGCUCCCGGGAACGCGAUGACCGGCGGCGAGACGACUGGAACGACAGGGAAUGGGACCGCGGCCGGGAGCGCCGGAGCCGGGGCGAGUACCGGGACUAUGACCGCAACCGCCGGGAGCGUUUCUCUCCCCCCCGGCACGAGCUCAGCCCCCCCCAGAAACGCAUGCGCCGUGACUGGUGAGUGAAUGCCCCCUGCUGGGCCCGCCC